AUGAAUUACUUUUUGACUGAUUCUUUGCCCUUGAGACCCUUCUCAUCCGAAGAGAAAAAUGUCAUCAAGAAAUCUUUCCCUCAAAGCAUGACUCCGAAAGCUUUUCCACUCACUGAAACAUUCACAGAACACCUUUUCCGCUUCGAUAAUUUUCCACUCAAAAGGGACCCACGAGGGAACAUCAGAAAGCAUCUCGAUCAACGAAAUCAAUAA